AUGAAUUUACAAUUUUCAAUACCAGGAUUUGUUAGUCGUAGAUAUAUUAAUGAAACCAAAGGUAGAGGAUUAUUUGCAGAGAAAUCAUUUGAAAAAGGUGAAUUAAUUUUCUCGGAAAGACCACUAUUUUCAGUUCAACAUGUUUAUAAUAGAGCAACAGCAUGGACAUGUGGUAAUUGUUUUAAAUUUUUAGGAUCAUUAAAUAAACAAAUGUUACAUUAUAGAAAAGUAUUUGGAAUUAAAGAGGCAUCAGAAUUACCAGAGUUUGAAAAUCUUUUCAAUUUUCAUACCAAAGUUUAUAGUUGUUUUGCAAAAUGUGGUGAAAAAUAUUGUUCAGAAGAGUGUAGAAAUGUUGCAUUCUAUAGUCAUCAUCAAAUUCUUUGUGUUGGUGAACAAACUCCAGAUUCGAAUCCAAUGUAUCAAUUUAAAAAACAUUCAAUUGAAACAAAUGAAUUAUUUUUAUUAGCUGCUCAAGCAAUCGCUUGUUUAAUUUGUAGAAUUGCAAAUGACCCAUCUUCUGAUCAACCAACUCAAAUUAAAAUUCCAUUAACUACAAAUAAUAAUAAUAAUAAUAAUAAUAAUACAACUACUACAACAACUACUACAACAACUACUACAACAACUACAACUACAACUACAGGUAAUUCAUCACAGGAUACAAUUAUACAGGCACCAUUGGUUGAAAGAAUUUGUAAUGAAUUCUUUUCAGAAUAUCAACAUAGAGAAUGGUGGGAUGUUAGAAUUGAUGGUAAUUUCACAUUGGAGGAAGCAAAAGUGUGGUCAAAUGAAUCAUUGGAAUUAUUGAGAAAAGCAUUGAUACCAUUACUUCAAAAUAAUCCAAAAACUAAUAAUCAAGUAUUUAUUGGCACUGUUUUAUCAAUGGAAUUCUAUUCACAUUUACUUGGUCUUUUAGAGAUGAAUGAUAAUUCAAUUGGUUUCUUUAAUCCAUUGGAAUUAUUUAGAAGAGAUAUCAAUGCCAUUGGUAAAGGUCCUUUCACAACACCACCAAUUCAAAAGAAUUUAAAAGAUCGUUCAAAUGCUGUUUUAGCUUCAACCGUUGAUGCUUUCCGUCAAUAUCAUAAUGAACAAGAUGAUCAAUGUGAUCAAGAAGAUUGUAAUGAUCAUGAACAUUCUCAUGGUGAUUCAAUGGAUGAUGAUGAUCAUCAUGGUCAUGGUCAUUCUCAUGGUCAUGGUCAUGGUGGUUCUCAUGGUCAUGGUGGUUCUCAUGAUGAUCAUGCAAUGGAAGAUAAUCAAGAGGAGGAAGAGGAUGAUGUAGUUGAAGAGGUUUUCCCAUCUUUUGAUGGUUUUGGUAUUUUUGGUCUUCAAGCAAUGGUUAAUCAUUCUUGUGAACCAAAUAUUACUGUAGUUUUUGAAAACCAUGAUAAUCGUGCUCACAUUAAAGCAACUCGUAGAAUUGAAGCUGGUGAAGAAUUAUUCCAUACAUAUAUUGAAGAAACAAAUCCAUAUGAUGUUCGUCAAGAAGAUUUAAUUACUUAUGGUUUAAAAUGGGAAUGUGGUAAAUGUUUAGAAAAAAUUUAA